CUUCACUCACGAGUCGGAGUCACCGCCUCCAUAUUCCAUACGUGCCAAAUUCAUAGUUUUGCCUUGGGACAUUUCGCCAAACUGCCGCGUUCAAACUCUUCGCCUUCGCCGCCGUCUGCAAGAAAUGCAUCCGGGCGUGCGGAUUCGUCUAGACGACAAUUCUUGAGUUCUAGACCUGUAAAACGUCACAUGGGACCGUUUGGGGCCACGGUGGCAGCUGUUCAGCCAGAUCAUACUAAUAUGGAAUUGAGUUCAACCUAUCACGCAGGGUCUUCAAGCGAUCAGUCGAGUACUGAAACAGCCGAUGAGGAUUCGGAUGAUGAGCCUCAUGAUAUUCGAGGACGACGUCCUUCUCAAAAAGGCCUGCAAAGGGACGUUCGAGACACCAUCAGGAGAAAGCGGCGCCCAACGUCUCCUUCCCAACAGGCGUCUGGCCCCAUGCCUCUUGAUUACACUAACGAUGGCAAGCAAAUUGGUUCCUUACCACGAAGAAUGUCAUUCACUCGUUCACGCUCGCCUCACCCACGAACCUUCGACAAUGCAACUAAUGCAGCACACCCAUCUUCUGGAGCUUCAUCGUUUCCUCAGCGGCACAAACUGCUUCCAUUUGUGCACACUCUAUUGCCAGCAAUGAUAUCUGGCAGUCUUUCCCUCCCUCGCCUUGGAACUUGGACAUUUUGGAUGGACACUAGAUAUAUGGGAGAAUCACUUCUCCUCGUCGGAUCUUUAGCUUUUUUCAACAAGAAACUCACGGAUGACACCCAUGACAUCAUUGACUCGUCAAUGUCCGCAGAAAUGUAUAUCCUCCUUAUUAUAGCCAUAGUCUAUAUUAUACGUGCGCACACCAUACUACCGCACACCAGCACCGCUGCACCUACUGCUCCAGAGUCUCGCCGUACAGCAUCCCCUCGUAUUGAGACUCGUGAAAUUAGACGCAGUGGCUCCCAGUUGAGCCCUACGAUUAAACCGCGCUUUAGUUUCAUCUGGAUGAGUGUCCCAAAGAAUUACAGGGAGUCUCCGAAUGAUGGCGUCCUCACAGGGCUCCUACUCCCACCCAUGAUUGCGCUAGCACUAUUAUACUCGGCCUUGCGGCAGGUUCACUCUCCAUUGUCUGAUCCCAAUCUUCCUCCACCUCAUUGGUUGAUAGAAGCUCCCAGUGUACUCCAUAACCCUCGAUCACCUGAUUCCGCUAUCGAUGCCCUCAUACAAUCUCGUCGUGGCCUAGUGGAUUAUUCCACAAUGUGUUCGUUUAUAUUAUUAGCCCAAGUAUGCUCGUCGUGGAUCAUUGAGACGCGGUAUCGCGGACGUCCUAGCGUCCCUGAGGGAGAGCGUGGCUCUGUUCCUCGUAGUGAAAUGCGUAGAACAUGGCUUUACCUGCUCUUUACUUUCGGCAUGACCAUACUGGCCAUUACCGUUCGAUAUCUUUUUGCGUUGGCGGAGAUCCCUAUAUGGCGAAAUAUCAGCUAUUUCGACAUUGGCAUCGGCUCAUUGUUCUAUCAGCUUUGCUUAUAUAGUGCCCUUCGGCUAGCGCAUGGUGGGUUCACGCUGGGUGAAUUGGCCCUUGUCUGCUUUGGCGGGUUGUCCUUGGCCACGGAACUGCUGGGAUUGACUAGAGCGAGGAUAUGGCCGAAAACAGCGCCAUUUAUCAAGACGUACCGCCUGCCAACACCCCUGUUGAUUUUCCAGAUUGCUCUGAUCGCAGGUUCUUUCAUUACUGGCUUCCUACUUUCUCCCCUUCUCGCCUUAUCACGGCAUAUUGCGCAACGACCAGUGAGGCGUCUUCGACUCCCACAGGAGAAGCAACGACAUCGACGAGCUCUUGCCGCGGGUUUUUACAUCGGAACCAUAAUCAUUGUAGUUGGCCUUAUUGGUUCGUGGACGUGGUGGAACCUCGGAGGUAGAAAUCCGUGGCUUUGGACUAUCCUUUGGCUCUUUGAGGGGCGUAAGAAGUGGAGUCGACCCAUGCUUCUUGCCUACUGGGCCCUUCUCGGAAGCAUCAGCGUUGCCGGAUGGAACCGACAGCUAUCAAGGUCAAGGCGGUACAGGCAUAGAAACACGAGUGGGGGUACACAAGAUAAUGUGAUCGUUCCAUUUGCCGCGAACUCGAAUCAGAAACCACAAACGGAGAUAUCUUCAUCCGCUCCCACCACUGCACUUGGGCUUACAUUCCCCAACUUGGCUAAUCUCCCUAAUCUGUCCAAUGGUUCGCAAGUCGCCACAGAAUUGUUGGAUGCCGCGGAUAAGCACGUUCCUACACUUGGUAUCAACGCGAGGCGCAAGUUCUUUCACGCGUUGGCAGUUGUUAUGUUCCUGCCUGGAGUAGCUGUUGACCCCGCAUUCACUCACUUGUCCUUCAGUGCAGCAUUUGCGCUCUUUAUCUUUGCAGAGUAUGUCAGAUACUUCGCCAUUUAUCCUUUUGGUGCGGCUGUGCACCUGUUCAUGAACGAGUUCCUCGAACAAAAGGACAGCGGAACUGCCAUCCUCAGUCACUUUUAUCUGCUUAUUGGUUGCGCGGGCCCACUGUGGCUUGAAGAGCCAUCGCAGUUGCUACAAUACACCGGUAUCCUCGCUUUGGGUAUUGGCGAUGCUCUGGCAUCUAUUGUCGGGAAACGCGUCGGUCGGCACCGUUGGUCUUCAACGUCCUCUAAGACCCUAGAAGGUAGCGCUGCAUUUGUGCUGUCCCUCGUGGGUUGCGCGUGGCUUUUGAGACUUUGCGGGCUUACGGAAGAAUUUUCGACAUUGCGCUAUUCUAUUGUGGUCACUCUCUCAUGUGUACUUGAGGCCCUGUCAGACCAGAACGACAACUUGACUCUACCGUUGUAUAUGUGGAGUUUACUUGUAGCUGUCGAUGAUGGCGGGCUUGACGGAAGACACUUGUGCUCCAUUUUAAUUUUCAUUAAUGUUUCCACUAAACUCGCAAAAAAAGAAUGCAAACAAAAAUGGAAGGCAUCUUGGUUCCUUAUUGGUCCUGACGUCAAGCGAGGCACGGGGUUGCUUGUGGGGCGCUUAUCCUCGACAAUAACAGAUACAGCACUAGAUCCACUUCCAUCAUCUCUAGUACCUCUCGCAAAGCCCUUUCCUUUGCCAUCCCCAUUUCAAAUGCCCAUUCCACGUUUGCCCAAGGUGAAGCACCGAAGUCCUCGACUGCCGCGACCAGCAACCGCCUCUAUGGCAGAGGGCACUCAAUCAUACCUACCCCCUGCGCCCCAGGUGCCAUGUUUACAUGAUAGUCACAUCCCCAAGAGCUCGGAUCCUCGUGUUUCUUCAAAGGAUGUAUAUAAUACUCGAGAUACCGAUGCUUUAUCCAUGAAGUCAUUCGAAGUACGCCCUGCAGACAUGGCUCCAUCUGGUAGUCCUUGUGAAACCCUCGCCGCGGCGGCGAGUGUUCCUGGCGAUAUCCGACCCGACAUCGACGGGGCCGAGCACGACUGGGCUACAUUCAUGACUGCUUACGCAUCGGGUCAGUGGCAUCCUCAUCAAACGCCUCGUCAUCCGCGUUCGAUGAUGUCUACUCCUAUCAUGCGGGAGGGCUCUUCGCGAGACAAUUUUGCGUUGAGACAUGAUCCUGCGUCGAUUAUCGUCGAAUCACCGCAGCAUUCGCAUCCUGUAUUGCCUGCCUACCACACUUUUAGUUCUUCCUCAGUUUCCAGUGGCAGUAGCAAUGAGACAGAGUUCAAGCCCGCUCCCGAGAAAGCGGUGAUGAUCUCUGAUUUUCCUUCAUUCAUGUAUCCUGACAAACUAUCGUCAAAGAUUACAUCAAAGUCAUCGUCGCUCAGUGGCCGCAGAUUCCGCAACUCAUUCACAGAUCUGCGACACGCAACAGGAGCCCAGGCGAUGCAUCUCCAUUUAGACGCCACACAAACUUUUAGCAUUAGUCCGGAGGCAACUGCUGCGGCUGCAACCAUGCGAUGGGCAGCAGCACGCGUUAAUUUGUCUCCUCUUGCGUUGCCCUCUCCUGAGCAUGAGUUAACAGAUCCAAUGCGAGGUGUGCAUGCAGCAAUACCAGGAUCACAUCCGACUGUCAGUAGCCCCCCUGCCCAUCCGACAACGCCUGGAAUGUCUCGAAUCCGCGCAGGCAGCUUUUGGGAGGGUACACAAGAUGUCGAAGAUGAAUUAACCGUGCUCGCCCUACCCGGAUCGUUACCUAGAACCCCCCUACGCAACAUAACUGAGGGAGAGCUACAUGUCUCUUUCCCCCCGCCAACCUCUGUUCCACUGCAGCGUAAUUAUUCACCUGAGCCGACAGAAGAAGGCGAUUACUUCACCGCAGUCAGUACAUCCGCUUCAGAGCAAUUUCCCAUGACCCCCGACCCCGCUCAAUUUUGGCAGGACUACGUAAACCACAGACGUGAACCUGGGCCAAUGGAACUCAACGUUUGUACGGCACCACCCCUUCCGCGAAGGAUUUGCUUGACAAGGCAAACCUCUUCGCCCCUACCCGACAGCAUAGGUAGAGACCGUGGCUUACCAGGCGGACGAUCAGUGUGCGACUCGGUCAAUAGUUUUCGUGCUGGUCGAUCUGCGAAGGAGGAGCAGAUGUUCCUAGAUCUUGGCUAUUUAGCUCCACCGAACCCUCCGGACGAGCUCGAGCGAAGACGCGCUCUAUACAAGUUUAACCUCUGGAACACCGGCCCCGACAUCAACUUCGAUCGCAUUGCACAUCUGGUCAAACUUGUGUUCAACACGAAAUGCGUUUACAUAUCCCUCAUCGAUGGCACAGAGCAGUGGUUCAAAUCACAGUGUAUGGUGCUCAAUUCCUGUCAUCUACCUAUAUCUCCAAUCUUUUGCAGGUGGGAUUACUUUAAAGCGCAGUGCAAGAUUGACAUCCUUCUGUGCACACGCUAUACUGCAAAGAACUCCAGUCUUACUGUCCGUAGGGGUGACGAACCAACUGUUAUCCUGGACACAAAGUUAGAUUGGCGGUUUGCUAAGAAUCCUCUGGUUACCGGAUUCCCAAACGUUCGCUUCUAUGCUGCAGCUCCGUUGAGAACCUCCGAUGGAUUUAACAUUGGCAGUCUUUCCUUGAUUGAUGAUUCACCGCGACAGGAUUUCGCCCCGCGCCAGCGACACACUUUGAAGGAAUUUGCGGCCGUUGUGAUGCGUGAGAUGGAAUUGUGGCGUGAUAAAAUCCAACUGCGCAUACGAGACAAAAUCCAGACCUCUAUGGAGCAAUUUAGUCGAGAGUGCCUUGAGAUCGAUCAGAAAGAUGCAAACAUGGAUGAUGACCCUUACGCUAACUCGUCCAUGGACAGAGUGUAUGAUCGUGCAGCUAGACUUGUGAAACGCACUUUAGACGUCGAGGAGGUGGUAGUCAUGGAUGUUUCACACUGCGAAGUACUGGAGACGCUCAGUGCCGAAGCAACGAUAUCUGUUGUCAUGCAUCGCGGAGAUCCACAAUUCCGACCAACAUCUCGCACACUGACGGCGGAUGAAUACCACAAGCUAAACGCGUUCUUUGAUCAAUACCCUGACGGAAAAGUAUCUGAAGGCAUUUUACCGGUCUGCUUCCGUCCCUUUAUCCCAACGCACAUACAGUAUGCACUCACUGUUCCUGUUUUCAAUAUCGACAAAAGGCCGUUUGCCUUGAUUUGUGCUUACAAUGCCACUGAUUCAUCACGGCGAUUUCUCGAGGGACACGAACUGUCUUAUCUUCGUGCUAUAGGUGUCAUCAUUCUCUCCGCUGUCCUCAAGAGGAGAAUGAUGCUGGCCGACCAAGCGAAGAGUUUAUUUAUAUCCAACAUAUCUCACGAGCUUCGUACUCCUCUGCAUGGGAUUCUCGCUGCAGCUGAAUUACUUUCCGAUACAUCGUUAAGCCAUAGCCAGACUUCAUUCCUGCACACCGUCCAGGCGUGCGGGACAUCACUUGUUGAAACGGUGAACCACGUUCUCGAUUUCACGAAACUUAGCGGCAAUAUGAAAGCAGGUGGCGUGGACAAUGUCAUUACGAGGAGCAUCGUGGAUCUCGAACAACUUGUUGAAGAGGCAAUCGACGGAUCGUGGAUUGGACACUGUGCCCGUACAUCUGCCAUUCGCGAGUCAGAAAUUGGGAGUGUCUAUGCUCCAGCGAUGGAACAGCGGUCCUCGAGUGUUAUGGCUGCUCCAGCCUCUUCGAGGCGCGUGGAGAUCAUUGUUGAUAUCGACCGACGUGAAGGCGGGUGGAUUUUGAAGUGCGACAAAGGUGGUAUUCGAAGGGUGUUGAUGAAUCUUUUUGGAAACAGCCUGAAGUUCACGACCGAUGGUUACGUUCAUGUAUCUUUGCGCCAAGUGUCUGCGCCAAAUGAAGAGCCUAGCAUGGUGGAGUUAUGUGUCAGUGAUACGGGAAAGGGAAUCAGCCAAAAUUUUCUGAAGAAUCACUUGUUCCAUCCCUUUUCCCAGGAGAACCCUCUACAAGCUGGGACAGGUUUAGGCCUUGCGAUUGUCAACAGCAUCGUCCAGUCUCCAAGCGUGGGCGGAAAAGUGGAAGUAUCCAGCGAAGAAAACGUUGGCACCGAUAUCAAGAUCACCUUCCAAGCAGAAACUUUGGAAGAUGGCGCGAGUGCUCUUCAAACCCCUUUUAUGUUCGAUGGUGUUGUCCCCACUGUUACCUUCCUCGGGUUCAAGCAUAAGAGCAAAGGUGUUCAGAUGCUCAGCGAUGUGCUUCGCAAGUACCUCCAGGAUUGGUGGGGAUUCACAGUGCAGACUGAUGGAGGUGAGUUGAGCGACAUCGUGAUAAUAAACGAAGACUCGUCACCUGUUGUUACCGCUCUUGAGAAAAUGGACUACCGUCGGUCGUUCAUUAUCUUGUCUUCAAGUAGAGGUAGCCCGAGGGUCAUGGGGAUUUGCAGUUCCUACGAGAACUUUGGUGGUUUUUGUCGCAUUGUUCACAAACCAGGCGGGCCUUUCCGAUUGCGCGCUGUGUUGAAACAUUUACUUCGAGCCAAACAAAGACGUCAACAACGUCUGCCAAGCUUCGCCAGCUCUGUGGCCGGGAUCUCGGAUGAUAGCAUCUCUCUGCACUCCUCCAUGCUUACAGACGACCUAUCGAGUCCAAACCGGCAUCGCCGAGCGAGCAUUGAUUGGGGUUCACACAAUCGCUCAUCUCCCGCACUUCCCAACACCCCACCUGAAAUGCCUGCAUCGCCGGAUGUCGAGGAAGCGCCAUCCUCUCCGGAGAACACUGAGACUGAAAGCACAUCUUCAAGUAUAUCAAAUUCAACAGUAACCAUCGGUACGGAUGGGAUACUCCUGGAAUCGUCAAUCCGGACACUGGAUUUAAAUCGCCCUCGUCCGAAAGUUUUGGUGGUUGAAGACAACAAUAUCCUGCGAAGUUUACUUAUCAAAUGGCUGAUGAAGAAGGGAUUUGAAUAUCGUGAGGCAGUCGAUGGUCGACAAGGAGUCGAGACAUUUGAAUCUGAAGGACCAUUUGACGUCGUUCUGCUUGAUCUGUCCAUGCCCAUCCUCGAUGGGCUGGGCGCCACCAUCGAGAUUCGCCAGCUUGAAAAAGCUCGAGAAAGUCGGCAGCCAAGCGUCAUCCUAGCUUUGACUGGCAUGUCAUCCCUUGAAGACAAACGCAGGGCAUUCGAGGCUGGCAUGAGCGGAUAUCUUGUCAAGCCCGUAGCAUUCAAAACGCUCGAAGAGAUGUUCCGCAAGAUAGGGCUUUCGUGACCCCUCAUGCAAAUCUGUCUGCCCAUCUAUAGACUUGCUUCACGUACGUAUAUUACACCGCCUAAUGGCAUGGCCACACGAUCGUAUGAUAUCCACGUUCCUCCGAUGACAUCGACAAUUGUUUUCGUUCAGUUCUUUUACACAGCACGCCCCAACAUCACAUUCUUCCACUUACUGAUCGCACGUUUCAUUUUUUGAAUCGGUUAUUAUCUAGACCAUGUAUUAUAUUAAGGCAGUGUGUUACGAUUGAAUGCGGAGCAUUUCAUUGUUGU